AUGGACAGUAACCAACAAUCAAAGAAGGAAAAUAUUACAUUUGAUGAUGCUCAGGAUGGCAGCAAGAGAUACCAAGCUAAUCACACUGAAAAGUCGUUGAGUAGAGAGACGACACUUGCUGGUAGCGAUGCUGGCGAUGAUAAGCGAUCUCUCUUACAAAAGGUGCUGAUGAGAAAGAAGAAUCUGAUCCGACGCAAUUCCACAGUCAAUAUGCCAUCUGUAGAAGGCCCCCCUUAUCACACCAUGAAGAUUGAAACCGUCGCUCAACUGAUGAAGUCUGAUCUGCAAGAUGGUUUGUCCGAGUCAGUCAUUGCCGAAAAGCACGCAGAGUUUGGUUACAAUGAAAUGGAAGGUGAUGGCGGUGUCAACCCUGUCAAACUGAUGAUGAAGCAAUUCUUCAAUGUGCUGGUUCUCAUUCUGGUUAUUGCUAUGGCUGUUUCUUUUGCAUUCAAGGACUGGAUUGAAGGCGGUGUUAUUGCUUUCAUCAUGCUCCUGAAUGCCGGUAUUGGUUUCGCUCAAGAGUACAAGGCCGAAAAGACCAUGGAUUCGCUGCGUCAAAUGGCCUCUCCUACUGCUCAGGUUAUCCGUGAUGGCCAGCAAAAGACUAUUGCUACCAAGGAACUUGUUCCCGGUGAUAUCAUCAUCCUCAAGAAUGGCGAUGUUGUUGGUGCGGAUUGUCGUGUGAUUGAGUCUUUCAAUAUGGAUGUUGAUGAAGCUUUGCUCACUGGUGAGUCAUUGCCUGUCAAUAAGAUUAAUGAUGUGCUUGAUACUGCAGAAGUGCCCCUUGGUGAUCGCGUCAACAUGACCUAUUCUAGCACUACUCUUAGUAAGGGUCGUGGUAAAGCUAUGGUGACAUCCAUUGGUAUGCAAACUGAAAUCGGUAAAAUCGCUAAACGCUUGCUUGACAGUGGUGACAAUGCCCGUACUCCUCUUCAAAAGUCAUUGGAUCGUAUGGCCAUUGUGCUCUUGGUGGUUGCCAUCAUUUCUCUCAUCAUUGUCUUUGCUGUUGCCAAGUUUCAAAUCGAUGACCAAGUGGUUCUCUAUGCCAUCUCUACUGCUAUUGCUGUUAUCCCUGAAGGUUUAAUUGCUGUUGUUACCUUGACUCAAGCAUUUGGUGUCAAUGCCAUGGCUAAAAGCAAUGCUCUUGUUCGUCGCUUGGUUGCUCUGGAAAACUUGGGUUCUGUUACCAAUAUUUGCUCUGAUAAAACGGGUACUUUGACCCAGUCCAAGAUGGUCUUGACUCGCUUCUGGCGACCUGACACUGGCUUUUACAAGGUAUCUGGUCUUGGUUUUGACAUUGAAGGCGAGGUGACCUCCGAAGAUCAAGACGGUGGUGUUAUUGAUAAGAAGAACAUGAACCACGGUUUGCGUCGUUUGGUCCAAUCUGCUGCUCUGUGUAAUAUGAGUGAAAUACGUGAAAAUCAUGAAACUCAAGAACACUACGGUAUUGGCGAUCCUACUGAAAUUGCCCUGCAAGUGUUUGCUCACAAAAUGGACAUGGGCAAGCCUCUUCUCACUGAUGCUAAUAAUACAACGGAUGGUGGCUGGAAGCUCCUCUCUGAAUAUCCUUUCGACUCUUCCAUCAAGCGCAUGAGUGUCCUUACUGAAGAACGUAAUGGUGAUUUGAUUGGCUUCAUGAAGGGUGCUACUGAACGUGUGCUCGAGUGCUGUUCCAGCAUUCAAUUAUCGGAUCAAGAUGAAAUCAGGGAUAUCAGUCAACAAGAGCUUCAAGACCUUGUUUUGCCUAAUGUGGAGACUCUGGCCAAGGGUGGCCUUCGUGUUCUUUCUCUUGCUGCAAAGCGUAUUCCUAGAAAAACCAUGACGGGCGAGGUGAGCUUUUCUACUUUUGAGCGUGAAGAAAUCGAAAAGGACAUGGUCUUCUUGGGCAUCUGUGGUAUCUACGAUCCUCCUCGUGCUGAGUCCAAGGAUGCUGUUGAAAAGUGUCAUAAAGCUGGUAUUACUGUACACAUGCUGACCGGUGAUCAUAUUGCUACUGCUACUGCUAUUGCUCGUGAAGUGAGCAUCAUUCCUGCUGAAGGCGAUGUCAGUGAUCUCGUCAUGUCUGCUCAAGCCUUUGACAAGCUCUCUGAAGAGACGAUUGAUCAACUGCCUACAUUACCCCUCGUCAUUGCUCGCUGUAGCCCUGACACCAAAGUCAAGAUGAUUGAGGCUCUUCAUCGUCGCAAGCGCAUCAGUGCCAUGACGGGUGAUGGUGUCAAUGAUAGUCCCUCUCUCAAAGAAUCUGAUAUCGGUAUUGCUAUGGGUCAAGGUGGAUCUGAUGUCGCCAAGCAAGCCUCUGACAUUAUUUUGGUGGAUGAUAACUUUGCUACUAUUGUGGCUGCGAUUCAAGAAGGCCGUCGUGUCUUUGCCAACAUCUCCAAGUUUGUGGUGCACAUGGUCUCUGUCAAUGUUGCUGAAUUGACUCCCUUGCUUCUCUGUUUGGUCUUUAGAGAGGGCAACAACAUUGUAUUCCCACUGUCUCCCAUCCAAAUCUUGUUCAACAACUUGGUCACCAGUGCUCCUCCUGCUAUGGCUUUGGGCCUUGAAAAGGUACAUCCCGAGCAAAUGCUUGUGAGGCCCAGAACCAGCAAGGAAUCUCUCUUUUGUAACCGCAACAUCAUUGAUAUCUUGUACUAUGGUGUCAUGAUGGGUUUGAUCUGUAUGGCCAAUUAUGCUAUUGUCAUCUACGGCUAUGGUGAAGGCAGCCUUGGUAUCAACUGUAACCACUCUUUCAACGCCAAUGAAUUCCGUGAUACCUGUGUUGAUGUCUAUCGUGCUCGCGGCGCCUUGUUUGUCACCAUGACAGUUUUGCUCUUGCUUCAUGCCCAUACUUGCCGUGAUCUGGUCAACCCCACUUGGACCUGGAAGCACUUGACUGGCGAUCAAAACUACUACAUGUACUGGUCUUGGUUGUUUGGUUUUGGUAUCAUGUUUAUCGUACUCUACGUGCCUGUUGUCAAUACUGAAGUCUUCAAGCAUCUGCCAAUUACCUGGGAAUGGGGCAUGGUUGCUGCUUCUGUCGUUGUUUAUAUCAUUUUGGCAGAGUUCUACAAGCUCAUCAAGAGAAAGUUCUUUGCCAUCAAGAAGUAA